AUUAUCCUCAUCAUCAACAUUGUUUUAUUGUUUUGGUCGAAACAAUAUGAUUGUUGUUGUUGUUGUUAUGAAGAUUACGACGAACGACUAAACGUUUUGAAUCAAAAAAUGAGUUCCAACAACGAAAAAUCAAUAGAUUUGAUUUUAAAUCUAACUAAAAGUUUGCAUAAUUCUGGUACGAAUCUAUUAUUAUGUCCUUAUUCAUUAUUAACAACAUUAUCAAUGCUUAUUGCUGGUAGUCGUGGUAAAACACGUAAUGAAUUAUUAAAGGUUUUAUAUUCUGAAACCAGAUUAUCGAAUGAUGAAGAAAUUCAACAAUUUUUACAAAAAAUUAGUAAAAAACAUCAAGAAUUUAUUGAAACAUAUAAAAAUGUUUGGCAUCAAGCUAGUAUGGUUUAUUGUCGUGAUGAUUUGAAAUUAGAUUCAUCGUUUGUUCAAUCAUUAACAAAAAUGUUUCAAGCACAAACUAAACAAUUGAAUUUUCAUUCAAUUAAAGAUUCUGUACGUAUAAUCAAUGAAGAUGUAUACAAAGAAACCAAAGGUUUUGUUGAAAAUAUUGUCAAUGAUUUGGAUCCGGAAAUUGCUUUGUUACUUAUAGAUGCAAUUCAUUUUAAAGAUAUUUGGGAUAAACAAUUUGAUCAAAACAAAAGUCAUUUACAAUCAUUUCGAUUGAGUGAUGGAAAAACAACAGUAGAAACAUGGAUGAUGCAUCAAACUGCCGUAUUCAAUUAUUAUGAAUAUGAAUCAUUGAAUGUUCGAGCAAUCAGAUUACCAUAUCGAUCGAAUCAACGAUUAGCAAUGUUAAUCAUUUUACCAUCCGAUAAUGGUAGUGUUGAUGAUGAUGAUGGUGUUGGUGGUGGUGGUGGUGAUUCAGCAAUCAAAACUUUAACCAAACAAAUGAAUCAAAAUCAUUUGAAAGCAAUUUUAGAUGGAAUGUUGGCUACUGCACCACAAAAAAUUGAAUUAUCUUUACCACGUUUUAAAAUAUCAUCAACACAUCAACAUUUGAUUGAACAUUUUCGUCAAUCCGGAUUAUGUUUGUUGUUUGAUCAAUGUCAAGCUGAUUUAACUGCAAUGUUAACAAAUGAUGAUGAGGGUAAAAAACAACAACAACAGCAACAACAACAAUGUUCGAAUGUUGUUGAAAAUCCUCGACUUUAUGUAUCGGAAAUAAUGCAAAAAGCAAUGAUCGAAGUGAAUGAACAAGGUACUGAAGCAAUUGCAUUAACCAAAAUAUCCGUACGUAAUAAACGAUCAGCUGAAUUUAUUGAAGAAAUGAUUUGUGAUCGACCAUUUAUGUUUAUGAUUAUUUUAUCCGAUCCAUUGAAUAUAUUGUUUUCGGGAAUACUUGAAAAUCCUUUAUCAUCAUGAUCAUCAUGAGAGUUUGAUUUCCAAACAAACAAACAAGCGACAACCAAAAACUAACCCGUUGAAUUCUUAAAUUUUGCAAUAUGCUUUUUUAGUAGUUAUUAAUGAUUUUCGUAUUUUAAAUUUUCAAAAAAAAUAACAAAUUUUUAAAAACCCAAAAACUUUCCAUCAGAUUUUUCGACAGGACAAAAUGUGGUCAAAUAAGGGUAAUUGACCUUUGGUCGUUUCGAACCUGUUCUUUUUUUUCUAACUUUUGAAUUUCACGAACAAACAAAGGCGGAGUCGUAAAAUCAAUCCUGUCUUUGGGUCAGCAAGAAUUUUGUUUCUGUUUUUCUUUCUUGGUUUGGCUGAACAGCCAACCAACACCAACAGGUUCAUCAAUGAUGAUGAUCAUCAUUCGAUCGAGUAUCGAAAGCGAAAAAAAAAGUGGUAAAAGUGAUUUUCAUCAAAACAAACAAAUCAGAACCAAACAA